AUGGAUCUUUCGCGCAUUGUUGCUGCUAAUAUUGACGGCCGCACCCAGAACACACGGUACCGUCAAGGACAGUUCCAUCGCUUACAAUCCGUGCUCGUGAAACAUGUUGCAGAGAUCCAAGAUGCGCUCCGCACUGACUCGGGCCACUCUCUUCAAGAAAUUCGCGCUGAGGUCCUCUUAGCCCUACAGGAGCUGCGAACACAUUACAUGUCGCUGAGUUUGGAGAAAGACUUGAAGGUUGAGUAUCGCAUUGCGCACGGGAAGGAUAAUGCAGAUGGCUUGCACGGCGCUGGAAUCGUUUACAUCGUGCCAUGCACACAUACGCUGUUCUUCUCCGUCAUUUCUGCCCUGACGGCCGCUCUUGCGGCGGGGAAUUGCAUUGUCCUGGAGCUGCCUCAAACAACAAUGGCUCUACCUGCAAUUUUGCGCCAGAUUCUUCCAGAGGCACUAGAUCAUGAUACCUUUGCAAUAACCGCUCAGCGGCCCGAUACUUCAUUCAUGAGCAAGACACUGCUGGUUGCGCAAAGUGAAUCCGAUGCUCCAAGCGGCUUGAUCUCGCCUACCGCCCGAACUGUUGCCAUUGUUGAUCGCACGGCCGAUGUUGCCGAAGCUGCGCAAGCCCUAGUGGCAGCUCGAUUUGCGCUUGGUGGCCGUUCAGCCUACGCCCCGGAUGUGGUUUUGGUGAACGAGUUUUCUAUGAAGCCGUUUGUUGAGGCGGUUAUUCAGCAUGCUUCAAAAUAUCUUGCUGGUGAAAACGGCGAAGCUCGACAGAUGCCCGUCUCACGGCGCUCUGCUUUACUGGACUCUAUUCAAAAGGAGCGGAGUGCACGAGCGCUAGUCUCGGGGAGCCACUGGGGAAUUGUGGAGGUGCAGGACAGGAACUCGCUGUUGCUUCGAAGGAAGAUUGAGGAGAAAGUGUUGCUGGUACACCCCGUUACCAGCCUGGAUGAUGCCAUCGACAUUAACUGCAACGAGACACUCGCCGCAACGUACGCAUUUGCAGCUCCGGCUUCAGCAAAGUAUCUGACCCAAUUCAUCGACGCCGACAUCUCAUGGGUGAAUCACAUCCCCAGUCACAUGCUGAUCGGCCCUGCCCUGCCCCGCAACACACCAUACAGCCCGGACACUCGCUACGCCAUAGCAUCCUUCCAGCGCCCGCGCCCCCAACUAAUCAUCCCACCCACAAACGCCUAUACAGCCCAGACAAUUCUAGACAACGCCACCAACACCACCACCCUCUGGCGCUCCGCCCUAGCACCACUCCCGUCGACAAAUCAACACCCAGGUUUCAAAAUCGGCUUCUUUGAGCAGGGAAUCAUCACCGGCGGCGUACUAACGCUGGCAUCGCUGUUGGCCACGAUUUCUACAAUUGGAUAUUACACAUGGGUAUACGUACGACGGGGGUGA